AUGGAUUUAGAUGUUGAUGCUAUUAUACAGUCAAUCAGACAAGGAAACCAAGUUCAGGAGCAAGAAGUUGUAUCUAUCAUGACGAAACUUCAAGAAGUUCUUUUUAAUGAGAAUAAUGUUUUAGAAUUAAGUUCACCAAUCAUCAUUUGCGGCGAUAUUCAUGGACAAUUAUACGAUUUAUUCCAAUUAUUCGAUACAGUAGUACCUAAAGGUAUUGGCUCAACAAAAUUUUUGUUCAUGGGAGACUACGUUGACCGUGGAAGAUUCUCAAUGGAAACAUUUGCAUAUCUUGCAGCUCUUAAAUUGAAAUAUCCAAAGCAAUUCUUCUUACUUCGAGGAAAUCAUGAAUGCCGACAAGUUAACCAAGCAUACGGAUUUUAUGCCGAAACACUACAGAAUUACGGACACUCUGGAAUUUGGUCACUAUGUAAUGAAAUAUUCGACCUUCUUCCAAUGGCUGCCUUAAUUGAUAAUAGAGUUUUUAGUGUCCACGGAGGAUUGUCGCCUAAAGUUACUCUAAUGGAAACGAUAGAUUUAAUGGACAGACAGGAUGAGCUACUAUCAAGUGGCGCUCUCUGUGAUUUAUGUUGGAGUGAUCCAGACAAUGAUAUAGAGAACUGGAGAGAGAAUGAAAGAGGUGCUGGAUGGAUAUUUGGUGCAAGACAAGUCCAAGAAUUUUGCCAUAAUAAUAAAAUCGACUUAAUUACGAGAUCUCAUCAAUUGGCAGCUAAUGGAUAUCAAUGGUUCUUCGAGGAGCAUUUAAUUACUGUUUGGUCUGCGCCAAAUUAUAUGUAUCGCGCUGGUAAUAAGGCAACAGUGUUGAAAUACGAUAGAAGCGCACCAAAGGAGUUCAGUUUGAUAUUCUUUGAUGCUUGCCCGAAUGAUAAGAGGAAGAUUCCUGAAGAUAUUACUGUUUCUCAAUACUUCUUAUAA